AUGACUAACGAAAAGCUUCGUCAUAGAUUAUUAACUCCUAAUUAUAUACUGAGAAGGAUGAUAAACAAAUUUAAAAGUGAUUUGCCUCUUAAAUAUAGAAAAAGUCAAAUCAAGACCAAAGAUUUAGCAAGAUUUAAAAAAGAAAUUAUGAAGCAAGCAAUAGAAAUAAAUAAUGGCCGAACUCAAACAUUUGAAAAUGCAUUAACUGAAGAUAGAGUUAGAUCCGCAAUCCUUGAAAAUAGAAUUGAAGAACUCAGUCAAAGAAUUCUUAUUGAUGUAGAGGAAAGCUCAGAUAUAAUUGAAACUUCGAAACGCCCUAGCAGUUAUUCUUUAACUUUUAAGACAUCAGAAAAUCGUUGAUUUCGCCUCCAAGUUGAAUCCACUGAUUCAGUAGCAGAGUUAAAAACUAAAAUAUUUAAUAGAAAAUGUAUCCCAGAAAUUCAACAAAGAUUAAUAUUUAAUGGAAGAGAGUUAUUUGACAACGAAAUUAUGUCUGAGUUUAAUAUAUAUGAUGGCGCUCUGAUACUCCUUCGUUUGGAAACAUGAAGCUGCAUUACUGAAAACUUUUUAAUUACAGUUAAAAAUUUGAGGGGAGAGUAUUACGAAUUCGAAGUUAGCUCAUCCGAUUCCAUUAAGAGUUUGAAACAAAAAAUUCAAGAUGCUGAGGGAACUCCAGUGCCAUCUCAAAGGCUGAUUUAUGCAGGUAGGCAAACAGAAGAUGAAUGGAGCUUAAGGGACUAUAAUAUUCGCGAUGGGAGUACAAUCCAUCUAGUUUUAAUUCUAAGGGGGUGUUAA